AUGGAGUAUGGGGUUUUAAAGGGGAGGCGAAGAGAUGGUGGAGGAGUUUGCAAGAGCUGUGUCCUCUCUGGCGGAAUUGCAGGUGUCCACCAUAACUAUAGAGGAGCUAGGAGCGAAACAAAUCCUCCCCCCCCUCCCUCCCGUAGAGAGUCCAUGCAUGAUCACCAACGACGUCAGCACAUUCAGAAGGCAAAAAGCAAUAAUUUGCUCCUCCUCGCUAUCGGCAUGGUCUGCCAAACGCAUCGUGAACCGCACUGCCCGUCCUCAACGGCUCAGCUAACUUCCAAACCUCCUCUCCUCCUCUCCAUCACUAGUCGCCAGCUUGUCGCCAGCCAGCCCAGAUCCCUAUGUGACGGGGGUUUCAAGGACCAAGCAUCCUCUGCCCGGCUAGCUUCCGCCGUAUUCUCUAACGGAGUCUAG